CGCGUCGGCAACUCUUUAAGGGACGCGUUGGCAACUGUGGCAAUAUCAGGUGGUUGUAUUGUGACACUCAGCUGUUUCACUCAGUAGUCAGCUGAUCGCUCUAGAGGAAGAUAUAUUUAUUUAUUUAUUCAGAUUUGUUACGCACGUAGCAAAGAUAUCAAAAACGUUCCGGCUUUGCUCAAACAGUCGCAAGCAUCGACGUAUUUUCGUGCAAACGUCCGGAUUCGAGGAAACGUUAAUGCAAAGGUGUUCAUCAAUAAGGAAGAAGACCGUGAUGACGAGUCUUCAUUAAGCUCGUGAAGGAAGGAGUGGGUUCUUCGAGAGAGUCUCUCUCUCCAGAUCCAAGUGACGACGCCCUUCUGCUACUGCAGACAGCUCUCAGGUUUCUUCUCACGGUAGAAGAGCCACUCCUCGCAACUUCUCCCUUCGGCAACGCCUACUGCUGCUGUUCUUGCUGCUACUGCCUAGGCCUAGGCCUAUUGGUGUCACUCGGCCCCGUGGAGGAGUUUUUCACACUCGCCGCCAACAUCACCCAACUCCUCCAACCUGCUCUGAGGCGCCCCUGUGGCCUCUGGACGCCCACGCAGCCACCACCACCAUCCUGACUACAAGAUUCCUCUGGAAUGGGGGUGCACAGGACGUUAGCCGAGGAGCCUGGUGGUGGGGGGUUAGGGGGUAUGCUGGAGGAGGCGGAAGAGGAAGAUGAGUUAGGCUACUUCCAACACCUCCACCAUCGCCAUCACCACCACUAUCAUCACCAACACCACCACCACCAUCACCACUCUCCUCCCUCCAACACCGGCAGCACAGACAGCGAUGUUCUCAAUAACAACAGAUUCGAUCAGGAAAAAGUUAACCUCACGGGAAAGGGUCGUGUGGACAUGGCCCAUUUCGAACUGCUCAAAGUCCUAGGAACAGGAGCGUACGGCAAGGUAUUCUUGGUGCGUAAGAUCUCCGGGAAAGAUGCGGGUAAGCUGUACGCCAUGAAAGUGCUGAAGAAGGCGACUAUCGUACAAAAGAAGAAGACGACGGAACACACCAAGACGGAGAGGCAGGUCCUGGAAGCCGUCCGCCAGAGCCCUUUCCUCGUCACCCUUCACUACGCCUUCCAGACAGAUGCCAAACUUCAUCUCAUCUUAGACUACGUCAGCGGCGGAGAACUAUUCACACACCUUUAUCAACGAGAGAGGUUUCGAGAAGAUGAAGUCAGGUUGUACAUAGGGGAGAUCAUUCUCGCCCUAGAACAUCUGCACAAACUGGGCAUAAUCUACCGUGAUAUCAAGCUGGAAAACAUUCUCCUGGACUCUGACGGGCAUAUUGUCCUAACAGACUUCGGCCUAAGCAAAGACUUCCUUCCAAACGAUAAGGAACACAGAGCAUACUCCUUCUGUGGGACUAUAGAAUACAUGGCUCCAGAGGUGGUCAGGGGAGGCUCUCACGGUCAUGAUCAGGCUGUUGAUUGGUGGAGUGUUGGAGUAUUAACUUAUGAACUGCUGACCGGAGCUUCACCAUUCACUGUCGAAGGAGAGAAAAAUAAUCAGCAGGAGAUCUCAAAGCGGAUUUUAAAAACCCAACCACCACUACCUGCCGACUUAUCACCUGAGGUUCGUGACUUCAUAUCUCGUCUACUCGUAAAAGACCCCAGACAAAGAUUAGGAGGAGGACCCAGAGAUGCCGAUGAACUCAAAGAACACACGUUUUUUAAGAACCUCAACUGGGACGACCUUGCAAAGAAGAAAGUACCUGCUCCUUUUGUACCCCGCAUCAGCAAUGAACUAGAUGUUAGUAAUUUUUCUGAGGAAUUCACUGCAAUGAUUCCUCAGGAUUCUCCGGCCAUUGUUCCUCCUGAUGUAGAUAAAAUAUUUAAUGGUUACUCAUUUGUAGCCCCAUCGAUUCUCUUCACCGAGAAUGUUGUUAGUGAUUCUCUGUUCAAAAUGUCUCCGGACAGAAAACCUUCAACAACUAAUCUAAUGGCUUGUAGCUUCAGGGAUUCUCCAUUUUUCCAAAACUAUGAACUCGACUUGCGAGAAGGUAUCUUGGGUGAUGGUAGUUUUAGCGUUUGCCGUAGGUGCAUUCAGAAGUCAACAGGACGGCCUUAUGCCGUGAAGAUAGUUUCUCGGAGACUAGACUGCCAGCAAGAGAUUAAUCUUCUCCUAGCAUGUCAAGGACAUUCCAAUAUCGUUUCCUUCCAUGAAGUCUUUUAUGAUGAAGCGCACACAUAUAUAGUUAUGGAGAUACUGGAAGGAGGCGAACUACUUCAGAGGAUCCGAAAACAUGAAAGGUUCACAGAGGCACAAGCAUCAGUCAUAAUGCGAAGUUUGGUCUCUGCUGUUCACUACAUGCACAGAAAAGGCAUUGUUCAUAGAGACCUCAAACCUGAGAACCUGCUGUUCAAGGAUUCCUCUGAUGACUCUGUAAUAAAGGUUGUGGACUUCGGCUUUGCUCGGAUGAUGCCAGACAAGGAAAAGGACGGAAACAUGAAAACUCCUUGCUUUACCCUCCAUUAUGCUGCUCCUGAGGUACUAAGGCAGGCAGUGCAAAAAGGAGCUGCUGGUUAUGAUGAAACUUGUGACUGGUGGAGUCUAGGAGUUAUAUUGUACACUAUGCUGUCUGGCAGAGCACCUUUCCAGUCUAGAAGUAAAGAUGAUACAUCAUCAGAUAUUAUAGCUAGAAUCAAGGGUGGCAGUUUUGACAUGUCUGGACCAGAAUGGCUCACUAUUUCAUCUCAAGCCAAGAACUUGAUCAAAGGACUGCUAACUGUAGAUGCCUCAAGAAGACUUACCAUUUAUGACCUGCUUCAAGAUGAAUGGUUACAAGGAGGUCCACCCUCUGUGUUUUCUGCAACACCUCUAAUGACCCCUACAAUCCUCAGUGCAAGACCAACACUUAACGGUCCAGUUUCAGCAGAAGCUGGGGUCAAGCAGGCUUUUCAUGCAUUCCAUAUGGCAACCAGAGAAGGUUUCCGAUUACUAGAUGUGAGCAAUGCCCGUUUAGCCCAACGUCGAAAAAACAAAAAGUCUUCAACUGAUGCCCGCAGCCAUUCUUCUACCUCAUCCCUCUCCUCUACCUCAUCAGCGUCUUCCCUCACAUCUGUCCGUACACCUAGUAAAUCAGACCGAUGUAGUUCCUCACUAGGUGUUACACCAAGGAAAGAGGAGAGUGUCUUUGACUUUGGGGAAGCAAGAGUCAAAGCUUAUUUAUCAAGUAUCGAGUCUCCUUCUGAAAUGGCAUUCCCUGCCACCCCAAGUAUGGUCCUCACAUUACCGAGCCCAAGAUCCAAAGCAAGUUCAAAAGGUUCUUUGGGUUCUUUUGACUUUUCGAGAAGUGACAAAUCUAUAGAACCAAAGCCAAAGUCCGAAUCCUCCAUAGGUUUGUCACCGGAAGUCAGUUCGCCCAGUAGUUCAACUGUGUCUUAUAAGAAACAGGAACAGUGCCUUGUGUCUCAAGAACAAUGUAAUGUUAGUGAAAUGAAAGAGCGUGUCACAGAGACCAGAAGUCCUGAGACGUCUUUCAAAUCCUCUAUGUGCCUAUUAGGUGAUGAAUUUUCUGGCCCACAGACUAGAUCACGGAAAAGGAAACUGGAAAAAAUCUGUGAUGCGGAUGUGACUGUAGUCAAACAAGUGUUCAAAAACAGAAACACUCGUAGUAAAAGGUUUGAUACGAUUGUCAUAGAUGACUGAUGUGUGAAAGGUAUUUAAGGCAUUACUGUAUGAGACACUUUCCAAAUUCUGACUAAGAGUAUUUUAUGUCUUUAAGCUUAAAGCUGAGAGAUUGCUUUAUUAUUAUACAGUAUAACUGAAUGUAAAUUAUAUAAAUAAAAAAAUAUAUAUAUAUAGCUGAUCUGAUAUGUAAAUACAGAUUACAAUAUUAUAACAUUUAUGCUCUAAAGUACAUUAUGUAGGAAUUUACAUGUGCAAUCUGAAAAAACCCAUAAAUAUAAAGCACUUUGAAAAUGCAA